UUUAAGCCCCGGUGCCGACACACAGAGCAGGCAUUCAUACUCGGGCAGCGCAACGAGGGGGCUGGGGAUCGAGCGUCACUUUGGAAACUCGGGAACUCACGGAUUCUCGUGCUAAACCGGCGACCUCCUUUUCUCAUUACUGAAGUCUCCGCUGCUGAGGUCCAAUCGCGGGAUUCACGGAGGAGAGAGAGAAGGGGACGUCAGGAGGGAAGUGUGUGCGGGUGAGUUUGGCGCAGUAAUCUGUGCAUUAGCAGGUAAACUGGGGUCCAAGGUGCGCACUGAGCCGCCUAUGAUACCAACCACCCGGAUGGAAAGAACUUUAAUGUGGAAUCCUCACAGAGUUUUGCAACGGAGGCUGAGAGUAGAGACAGACUGGCAGUUUAUAUUAUAACUUAGAGGAGCCAGAGAAGAGACAGGUCAGAUCAGCAGUCAGCCGACACUCCGCACUCUGUAGGAUCAACAGCAACAGGGACCCGAACAGGCACAGCUCAGCAUUUGUAGGAACAGGCCUUUGCGUCCUCUGCGCACCUGGAGGUUUGUGUGUGUGUAGGAAGAUGUCCAGAGACGAGCAGAGCUUGUCGGAGGUGGAGCUCAGUCCCGGCAUGUCGGACGACAGCCGCUCCCUGUCCCCGGGUCACUCCUCCGGGGCCACGGGCAGCGGGGACUCGCCUCUCCGGCAGCCGGCGCAGCUGGCGGGUCUGGACGACGCGUCGGCGGGCUGCUCCUCUGUGAAAUCCGACGACGAGGACGACCGCUUCCCGGCAGGAAUCCGCGAGGCGGUGAGUCAGGUGCUCAACUGCUACGACUGGACCCUCGUGCCCAUGCCCGUGCGCGUGAACACCGGCGGCAAGAGCAAGCCGCACGUGAAGAGGCCCAUGAACGCGUUCAUGGUUUGGGCGCAGGCGGCGCGGAGGAAACUGGCCGAUCAACACCCGCACCUGCACAACGCGGAGCUCAGCAAGACCCUGGGGAAGCUGUGGAGACUCCUCAAUGAGAGCGACAAGCGGCCCUUCAUCGAGGAAGCAGAGAGGCUGAGGAAGCAGCACAAGAAAGACUACCCUGACUACAAGUACCAGCCCCGGCGCCGCAAGAACGGAAAGCUUGGCUCCGGGUCCGGAAGUGAGGCCGAAGGCCAUUCGGAGGGCGAGGGCCCCCACAGCCACUCCCGCUACAAGGGCCUCCACCUGGAUGUGGCCCCCAGUGGGGGAGCCAGGUCCCCUCUCACAGAUGGGCACCACCCUCAUGCUGCAGGUCAGAGCCACAGUCCUCCCACACCCCCCACCACUCCCAAGACAGAGCCUCAUUCUGGGAAGGCCGGAGACGGGAAGAGGGAGGUUAAUGGGAACGGGGUCUCCCGUGGCACAACAGGACCGGAGGGAGGCUCAGGUGCUCCGGGAUCUGGGAAACCUCACAUUGACUUUGGUAAUGUGGACAUUGGUGAGAUGAGCCACGAGGUCAUGGCCAACAUGGAGCCGUUUGAUGUCAAUGAGUUUGACCAGUAUCUUCCCCCUAAUGGGCACCCGGGGGUGGGACAGAGUGCUGGGGGGGCUGCAGCUGCAACAGCCUCCCCAGCCUCAGCGUACACCUACGGCAUCUCCUCAGCUCUGGCAGCGGCCAGUGGACACUCAGCUGCCUGGCUCUCCAAGCAGCAGCCUCCGCAGCAGCAUCACGGCUCCAGUCUGAGCUCAGACCCGUCCAAGGCCCAGAUUAAGAGUGAGGCUGGGGGCGCCGGGGGCCACUUUGCAGAGGCCGUCACAGCAGGGUCCCAUGUGACAUAUGCGCCCCUCAGCCUUCCUCACUACAGUUCUGCUUUCCCCUCACUGGCCUCUAGGGCUCAGUUUGCUGAAUAUGCUGAUCAUCAGGCCUCAGGGUCGUACUACGCCCACUCCAGCCAGGCCUCGGGGUUGUACUCCGCCUUCUCUUACAUGGGGCCCUCCCAGAGGCCCCUGUAUACGCCCAUCAGCGACCCAGCCAGCGUGCAGCAGUCGCACAGCCCCACACACUGGGAACAGCCCGUCUACACUACCCUGUCGCGGCCAUGACAGAUAACGAUUCCAGAGGGCACUGGUGCAGGCUCAGCCCCCAUGUCAGACCCAAGGAGCUACAGCGGCCACAGCAACAACAACAGCCGAGCUGCUGGUAUCGAUGGUCAAAGCGGUCUGGGCUGUGGGGAGUGGGCCGGCACCGGAGGAGGAGGAGGAGGCUGGGGAGGCCCAAGGGGAGGAACCCCGUACUGCGCCUUCCCGGACGCAGAAAUGCUGUCGCAGCCCAAGUACGAGCUUGGCCCGUGGUGCUAUCGAGGCGUGGUUGAGUAUUAGGGCCGGACAGAGUAGUAGUAAGAGUGUGUUACUUUGACGGAGCAAAGAAAAAAACAAACACUCACCGAGCACUGCAGAGUUUCAGGUUAGAUUCCCAGCAGCAAAGCCUUUGACACAACAACACAACGAGAAGUGUUCACAGGUGUCAUUGGUUUGUUGACUCACUGCGAAUCAGAGGAGGCAAACUGAGGGACAAUGGACCACAAUGAAAAUUACAUCUGAUGCGAUAAGGUCAGAAGCUUGACCUGCGUAACGUAGAGCGGACUGAGAGGGAGUCACUCUCAUCUACGUACAAGAAGAAUGGGAGAGAGCCGAAUCAUUUGGCUGUGGCCCAUUAACUUCUCAGGCAAGGCCUUCAUCAGACAGAUGUUAGUUUGGUAUUGCUUUUGGAAAUCAAUACGACAAAUACACUCUGUUGGAUUCUGAGGAACAUUUGUCCUGAUUUUUAUUCAAAUUUUUGUGCCGUGUUCACUUCAAAAGACUUUUGUAAACGCAACGAACACACAUGGAAGAAAAACGCCGGAAAACCAUGUGAACUUUUGUGAAGUGAAAUGUGUGUUGAGUCCGAAAAAUGACGACUAUUAUCAGGAUAGUCGAUGAAAUGUACUUGAAAUAACUAAUGUACGUGUACUGAUGCAUACAGAUAUGAAAUAUUUGUAAAACAACCAAAGUUUUGAAACCAAAACUUUAGAACUAGAGAAGAAACGUUACAGAGGUUCCUCCCAACGAGACACUUAACACUACCUGACGUAGCUUCUUUCUGAGCUUAACUUUUCAUACCUGACUUAUAUAAAAUUCUUUAAAGUCUUUUCGUGUCAAAUAUUCCUGUUGCUUUUCUUUUUACCCACAAAAGCACUGAUGACUGAUUAUUCAAGUUCGUAUUUGAUGUAUUUGUGGAGAAGAUUCAUGGUCAAGACAAAUCUAUUUAUACUUUCUACAUUGAAAUGUCAGAUUACAGAAUAUAUGAUAGAAGCUUUUGCUUUGUUUUCACUUUUUUGACUGUGACGAUGCCGUCAAACGCUUUUUGCCAUUAUUAUCUCCUCUGGAAUCCUGCACCGCUGCUUUUCUCUGCCACAGAUACACUUUUUUUUUAAUGUCACAUGUUUUUAAUACAGUUUUUGUAUCUUUAGAAAAAGCUAUUUUCAUACAGUUUCAGUGAUACUCAGCCAACACUGAGAAGCAGUUGCCAGAGAUUAAAACCAGCAGGAGUUAAAAACAUUUUAACACGGCCUAAUAUUAAACAUAAACUGGGCCUUGUCCUCAAUAAAACUUGUGACUAACACAUGGUGCAGUGAAGAGAAAAGCUGUUUUUGUUCAAUCCUGUUUGUGUCUUUUUCUAUUUUUUUUUGUAAACCAUUAGUUAACCUGUUUUUUUCCAUAAUGUCUUUUAUAAUCUCUUUUUAAUCUUUAUGGUGAAUAGUGUGUUUCCACGUAUAACGUCUCUCCCUCAACACAGAAGUGUUCAAACAUCAUUUAUUUGCUUUGUUAUCAUGUUUAUCACAGAUAUAUUCUCAUUACUGGACACAGAUGUAAACGAUACGCAUGCAGCACUGCUUGUUUUAAAUCACGGUCCACCGGUGCUAUAAGCCCAUGUUUAUUUAACCAUUUACCUCCAGCACAAGCAGCCAUUUUCACAUCUGUAUUGUUGUAAUGUUGCUUUGAAUUCGACAUUUUCCUAUUUAUAUUUGUUCUGUUGCUUCUUGUGUGUGUGUCAGUUAAAUGUUUUUCUCCAUUUAGAGGAAAACGUUUGACUGUUGUAGUAUUUAAUCUUUUCCUUCUUGUAUAACUGUCGCCACAACUUCUAAAUAACAGCGGGGCCGCGAGCCGUAUCAUGUGAUGAUGACUAACUUUUACCCUCACUUGAAAUAAAGCUAUUAUUUCUGCUUUCA